AUGGCUCAUGCUCAGACGAGUCAGCCCUGCAAGCGGUGCAAGGUUGAAAAUGCGCCGUACAAGCUGCGAAAUCUCGCCACCUGCCGCGAUUGCUACGUAGAGCAUGUCGUUGGCAAGUUCCGCAAGAAUAUAGGCACCAUGCACAAGGAAAUUCGCAUAUCCGCCGAACUUGCGCCCCGGCGGUACCUCGCCGGCCUCUCGUUUGGCGUCUCCUCAACCUGCCUAACGCAGAUGCUUGACGACAGCGCCCGCCACCACGCCACCAAGCAGUCGUCGAGCGCUUUUGAGCCUCUCAUCGUCCACAUUGACACGGACCUGGUCGUCGCGCCCGAGGAUCACGACACGGCAGCGCAGCGCUUGCUGGCGAAGUACCGGCAAAAGUACCCCCAUAUCUCGUUUGACUGCGUGCAUCUGAGCAAGGCCAUGGCGCUCAGGACGGUAGACUGGGCAACGCUGCUGCCUGGCCAGGCGCCCGAAAGCAGCGAAGACGGCAAGUGUGAUAUGGAGAAGCUGCGCCGCCUCUUUGACGCCCUACCCUCGGUCACAUCCCGUGCAGAUAUUUUGCGGCAGCUUGUCCGCCACGUCCUGAUAGACACGGCUCGCACGCGGGACUACUCGGCGGUGCUCCUGGGACACAGCACAUCGGCCCUCGCGGCGCUGACUCUCGCCGAGGUAGCCAACGGGCGCGGCUUCUCUGUCCCGGGGCAGGUCGGCGACGGUCUGCAGACUAUAUGCGAAUAUGACAACACCGGGAAUGAGACUGCACGCGUUAGCUUUCCGGUAUACUAUCCGCUACGCGAGGUCCUCAAGAACGAACUCGUCGGGUACAUGGAUCUGAUCCCGGUGUUGGCAGAGAUGAAGCAACUUGGCGAGGUGGACCGCGCAGCGCGGAGCAGCAGUUCAGUUGUCUCACACAGGGAUGUGAGCAUCGAGGAGGUGAUGCAGCGUUACUUUGAAGGUGUCGAAGGCCCUUACUCGGGCAUCGUGGCCAACGUGGUCCGCACCACGGGCAAGCUAGAUCGCGUGGCAGGCAGUGCCUUUUGCCGGCUCUGUGGCAUGACGCUCGACGAGUCCGGCGACGAUCGCUGGGCGGGCGACCUGGGCCAAGAUUCUGGCGACUCGGCGGCCGGAAACCACAAGGCCAAGCUUUGUUAUGGCUGUAGACGGUCCGUCAAUGGUUGA